UGAAAAUGCAUUAUCUGAAUGCAACUUUAUUUAAAAUGUUUAUUUGUUUCAAUGGUUCUUUGCUUCCACUACGAAGCGGCUAUUAUGCUGACAACUAGUGGCCUGGAUGUUACUGAGAUUCUGUACUAAAUCUAUUUUACAAGGGCCACCUCCGCUCUACGCGUUACUUUAUUGAAAAAAAAUGAAAUAAACAAAUGAAUAAAAUAUUCACUUUCAUAAAUAUUGUUUGCUACUUUUUGGUGGUAAAAAUUACUUACUGCUCCUUUAAACUAAUGGUCUGUUUCCGCUUGUGCUAGUCUAGCCUAUUACAGACCAUACACUAUUACUAACUGAACUGUGUACAUUUACAUUCUGUCGAUAACUUCGAAAAUGAACGUUGAAAUAUACGUCUAUUUACUAUAGCUUACCAUAGAGCCGAACGGACGUCGCAGAUUCAGCGCUUUUUGAGUAGAAUGAAGGUGCGCUUAGGGAUGACGUCAGAGUGUACGCUGUGUUGAGUGUGAUCAGGUAGGCUAACAUUAAACUGUGUGUGUGACCUAGCUAUAUAACCUUUGCGUUGUGUUCCAUACCCCAGGGCAUUUUUCGUGUUUAAUUAGCAAAAAUUCUAAAAGAUUUAUCAGGGAUGCUAAACAGUAUUUGACGAGGGGUCUCAAUAAAAUGGCAACCUAAGGUCACCAUGUGUUAAGUGCGUUCACACAGCUGCGUAGCGCGCGGACGAGCGCGAGAAGAGACGGGCGCUGCUCGCUCACUCCUGCAGUGUUUUUUUUUCCGCGCGCACCGUGGUCUCGCCAUAUAGGGUGAAAGGAAGUCAAGCGUAACGGUACCUGUUACCUGCUGUUUCCUGUCCUGUACGCGCCUUCGUGGAAACCAGCGAAUAACUGACAUAACAGUAACCUUUGAUUUUCUCAGCGGCACAGUUAUCAAGGCAAUGUGAAGGGGAGAAGAAGGACGCAAUCAUGUUUGUGUAGAGAAUGCAUUUUUGCCGCGGAUAGAACUGUCGGAGAAAACAUUGCAUAAUAUCUGUCAGAUGGGGUAAAAUGCCUCGCAGCAAGGUCCCGACGCUGGACCACAUGGCAGUUUGGAUCCAGGACAAAUCUGCAGUAAUAACAUAUCAACGUCCUCUCAAGCAGUCCUUAAGUGGCUCUCUGUGCCGGGAGUCCCACUGGAAGUGUUUGCUCCUGACCCUGCUCAUGUAUGGCUGCUUCGGUACACUCGGCUGGUGCUCCUUAUACCGCAUCACUGUUAUGGCAUCUGAUGACCAAGGUCCAACCUACUAUGGCAACCCAGCCCGGUUCUACCAUGACAGCCCCUGCUCCAAUGGCUACGUCUAUAUACCUGUGGCCUUCCUUGCUAUGCUGUAUGUGGUCUACCUGGUGGAGUGCUGGCACUGCUACUCGAGAACAGCCCACUUGGCUAAAGUGGAGAUCAGCCAUGUAUAUGACCGGAUCCAGCGACUGCAGCAGGCUACGCCCUGCAUCUGGUGGAAGGCCAUCAGCUACCACUAUGUCCGGCGGACCAGACAGGUGACACGCUACCGCAACGGCGAUGCCUACACCACUACGCAGGUGUACCAUGAGCGUGUCAACACACAUGCCGCCAGCUCCGAGUUCGACUACUCCCGGCAUGGUGUGAAGGAUGUGUCCAAGGAGCUGCAGGGCCUGCUGGAGCACCCUGUCACACGUCUGCGCUUCACCAAGUGUUUCAGCUUUGCUAGUGCUCGCGCCGAGACCGCCUACCUCACACAGCGAGCACGUUUCUUUGGGGACAAUGAAGGCCUGGAUGACUACAUGGAGGCACGAGAGGGCAUGCACCUGAAGAAUGUGGACUUCAGGGAGCAUAUGCUAGCAUUCCCUGAUCCGGCACACCCGCCCUGGUACACUCGCCGCUGGGUCUACUGGCUGGCCUCCGCCCUGAUGCUCUCCUGGCCGCUGCGUGUGGUUGUCGAAUACCGCACAGCCUAUGUCCACUACCAUGUGGAGAAGCUAUUCGGUGAGAAUGAAGAUGCCAAUGAUGAUGGCAACACUGAGAAUUUACGUUCAGGCUUUGAGCAUGGUACAGGAGGGCCCUCCCUGCGUGUGAUAUCACGGGUGAACACAGUGGACAUGACUGAGCUAGAAUGGCAUAUCCGCUGCAACCAGCAGAUGGUGCCUAGCUACUCGGAGGCUUUGCUUAUGGACCUGGACAUGAACCCCAGCACACCGCUGUCUGUGGCGAUGGUGGGUCAAAUGAGGCACAACUCCAGCUACUUCCUCCAGAGCUGCCCUCGCUGCCGGAGAUCCACAAGCAGCUCCUCUCUGCCCGCGUGGGUCAGAGGGAAUGUGGCGAACUCGUUCCCCAUAAGGGCUGGAGGAAGACUGGCUCUGAGUCGCAGUGGUUUCUCCCUAGGGCGCUUACACUCCACUCGAAACCGCCAUACCUGCCUGUUUCACUCAAGGAGCCUUGGAGGAAUGGGGAACAGGGGGGAGGAGGGAGGCGGGGGCUUUCUUGGCCGGGGGUUCUGCAGGUCAGAUGAGGAGAGGAGAGGGGUUCUAGAUGGGGAGGGGCCAGAGGAUGAGGGGAAUGGUGAUCUUAGGGAGCAAGGGCAGGAACAGGGAGAUCAAAGAGAGAACAGAGUGGUCAGGGGAGAGGAGAGAGACAGGCCACCAGCCUAUCAGGAUGCUCUGUAUUUCCCUCUUUUGAUCAUACAUGGAGAAGAGAGCUGUCAUGGUGGGCGGGACAUUGAUACGGGAUAAUGGUUGAGACUGGUAUUUGGAAUGCAGAUUAGCAGUGCACUGGUAUGUGAGGAAUAUAUAUGGAGGUUAGCAGGUAAGUGAAGUAAAAGCAACAGAAUAGAGAGUAAGCGUGCUAGCGACUGACAGAAUAAAAGUCCAUACCCCAGGAAGUAGUAAGGUGAAACCUGAAUGGCUGAUUAUUAUGAAGGAGAAAAAAUGCGUUUUGAUAUACUAUAAAAGACGAGGGUAGCCCUGAAGAACAAAUCAAAUGUCAGUGAAUGUAUUGUAAGGUUUAAAGGAAAAUAUGGUAACUGGGUCAAUCCAUGUCAGUGUCAGUUAAUACUGAAUUGACAUGGAUUAACCCUAUACAGAAUUGCAAUAGGCAUGAAUCAUUAGAUAUCAUUAUAUAUCCUAUUAUUCUAUGCCUAGGCAUAACACCUUCAUCAAUGAGAAAAUGCACAAUCAGUCUGAGUAGCCCAUUUGUCACUUUAGGAGUAUUGUAGUUUACAAAAAAGCAGGAUCACUAUAUCUGAUCACUUUGUGAAGACAUUCCAAACAUAGCAACUUAAGUAAUAAUGUAGUUUAUGCUACAUUUUGAAACAGACAUUAGCCUAAUGCUAUUAUUUAAACAGAUGUAUAACUGUAGUUAUACUGUAGAAGAGAGGGUCUCCAAAUUCUGUUCAUUGAAGGUGAAUGAAAGAAAUAAACAAAAAAAAUUCAAAAAAUCUCAGGGGAAAUGAUUUUUUUUUUUGUUUUGUUUUGUUUUUUUUAAUGGAAAGUAAAUGAUGGUACAGAUUUGCUAGAAUGGGAGGUAGGUUGAUGAAUUGUAAUCCCUUGCUGUUUGUAUUUGUGAUUCAACCUACUGUAUUGUCAUGAUUUCUUUUUUUUUAAAUUGCCUUGCUGAAGCUUGGCGCUCAUGGCUCCACUGUUGCAUGCCUUAAGGAUGUUUCUAUUCUGCACCAUGUCUACCACUAGUAAAAGUAAAACCUCAUAUACUGUAGCUAUAAUACAGCAUUAUUCUUCAACAGACAUACAUAACACGUGAUUUGCAUAGAAUACGGGGAUGCCUUAGCCUGGUCUCAGACGGAAACAUAAAUGUUAUAAAGGAAUAAUACAAAAAUAUUACUAACCCAUCUCCUGUUUUAACUGUAAUGUUCUGUAGUAAUAAUUCUGUAAUAAUAUAAAUUAAUGAAGUGAGACCACUUCAAACAUCCAAAUGUCUGUUGCUCUUCACAUCUACUGCUCCCUGUAUUGCUAGAGUAUUGACAGAUUUUAUCCUUUAAGUUUAUACAAAGCUGACCUUUAGAAACAAUAAUUGAUUCAUUCAUAAUAAUUGCAGAAUAGGCCCACAAUAAAGUCAAAUGACUGGCACUAGUGAAAAGCACAUAAUUGCCUAUAAAAACACAAGCCAUGGUACACAAUUACACUGUGCAGAGUUGCCACACAGAUAAAACCAUCUUGCAAAUAGCUAGUUGAGACUUACUUUCCUAGUAGCCCUGCAAGGCUUACUACCAGGCACAACUAGUUGUGUGCUUUACAAACCGUACAGGGAAUAGUGUGGAGAACAUCUGACUGUUAAGCUAAACACAAAAUGGAAGAAUGUACUAACUAAAGUCCUGCACAAUUUGUGACGACCAAAAUACCCAGAGCACAUGCUGAAUGCAUCCCUGUUUUAUCAACAGGACUCUGCUACAAAUCUAGCUACAGGUACUACUCCAACUAGCACUGAACAUUCUGUGAUGAUGAUGGUUAUGAUGGUGGUCAUAUAAAUAAAGUCAAACCUUUA